CCUCGAUGCUCGUGCGACCUCUGAGACCUUCUCUCUUUCUCUUCACACUCACCCUCUUUCUUCCCCUACCUCUAUAUCUGUGUCAUCCAUCGUCUCUCUUGACCAUUUCAUUGCUCUCCCACUAACUUCCCCCAUGGUUUCAUCGAUUCUCUCCUUCUCUUUCUCUUUCUAAGCAACACUGCCGCUACUACUACGACUAGUUCCACUAUUUCCAAAGUAGAAAAACAUACACAGACACACACAUCCCCCUUAUCUCUCUCUCUCUCUCCCUCCUUGAGAUCUUCACCGGCAAAUUAAAGCAAUAUUAUGGAUAUGAGCAUGGGGAACAUGGAUUCUUCUUCCACUCAAAAUUGGCUUGCUUUCUCUCUUUCCAACCAACAACAACAACAUCUCAACCUCCCUACUUCUUCUUCUUCCUCUCAUCAUUCUUCUCACCUCUGCCUCUUUGAAGCUUUCACCACUCCCAACCCCACCGCCCCAACCUCAACAAUAAACUCAUCAGCACGAGAAGAAGAUGCAGCAGCAUCAGGUACUACCACCGCUGGUGCAACAGACUUAUCCAUGUUCAGAGGUGGCCCAAAACUCGAGGACUUUCUUGGGGGUUCUUCGACCACAACGGGAGCUGGAGAUGCACCUCACCCUCACUUCUCUGCUGAAACACCCGUGACUGUCUCUGACACCGAGAUAUAUGACUCCGAGCUCAAAACCAUAGCUGCUAGUUUUCUUCGUGGAUUUUCCUCUGAACGAACCGACACUCACAAACAACAGCAACAGCAGCAGCAACAGUUAGUACCUACAGCUGAGCCCGCACCAAGAAGAGCUGUUGACACUUUUGGCCAACGUACCUCCAUCUACCGAGGUGUCACCAGGCAUAGAUGGACUGGAAGAUAUGAAGCUCACUUGUGGGACAAUAGCUGCAGAAGAGAAGGCCAGAGUAGAAAAGGAAGGCAAGUUUAUUUGGGUGGGUAUGACAAAGAAGAGAAAGCGGCUAGAGCUUACGAUCUCGCAGCUCUUAAGUACUGGGGUCCGACCACUACUACAAACUUUCCGAUUUCGAACUACGAGAAGGAACUGGGAGAGAUGAAGAACAUGACUAGGCAAGAGUUUGUUGCUUCUCUCCGAAGGAAAAGUAGUGGAUUUUCCAGGGGUGCCUCAAUUUACAGAGGGGUCACAAGGCAUCACCAACAUGGUAGGUGGCAGGCAAGAAUAGGAAGAGUUGCAGGCAACAAAGAUCUCUAUCUUGGCACAUUUAGCACCCAAGAAGAAGCAGCUGAGGCCUAUGAUAUUGCUGCAAUCAAGUUUAGAGGCCUAAACGCAGUGACAAAUUUCGACAUGAGCCGCUACGAUGUAAAAAGCAUUGCCAACAGUAAUCUUCCCAUCGGAGGACUCAGCAACAAAUCCAAAAACUGCUCUGAUUCAGCUUCCGAUGGUAAGAGCACCGACGAUGACCGGGAUCACUCCUCAGCAUCAUCCGCAGUGACUUUUGCGUCUCAGCCUGCUCCAAGCUCCGCUCUCAGCUUUGCAGUUCCCAUCAAGCAAGACCCAUCUGAUUAUUGGUCCAAUAUUUUUGGAUACAAUAACACAGCGGCUUCCUUAAGCAGUGCCAAGAACCCAAGUGUUGCACCAACUUUGUUUCAUCAGUCAUCAAACAAUGGGUCCGCUUUCCAAGAUCCCAGUGCUUUCAGCAUGGCCUUCGGUGUAAAUUCUUUAGUCAACGAAAGCAGCAAUGGGUUAUUCAAUGGAGGUGGUUAUGUUCAGCAACAAAGCGGUGUUAGUACUUCAACUUCUUCCCUCCCAUUGGCUACACCGACUGCCUUAAAUAAUAGCGGUAACAACAAUUACGAGAGCUCUUCUGGCUAUGGUAGCUGGAUUGCACAAUCUCUGCAUUCUUAUCAAACUGCAAAGCCAAGCCUCUCAGUGUUCCAGACACCAAUUUUUGGCAUGGAAUGAGCUCAUAUACAGAUGAAAAUGGAGGAUAAAAAUCUGUGCAAGGCAAGGCUGAAAGGGAAUUAGAGACAGGGUGGUGAAUGGUGAUGCAUGCACAGUUGGUGGGGUUAACUUUUUUUCCUUGAAUAGGUGAGGUGGACUGACAAGCAUUUCGCAGGAGCUGACAGUACUAACUGAAGUUCUUUUGUUAAGGGCCUUGGUUCCCUUCUCCGCUCGCUUUCUUUAGCUUUCAUCCUUUACUGACAUGAUUUAUAUGGGUAUAAAUGAAAGAGGAGAUCCUCUCUUCUCUAAUGCUACCAUCUUGUUACUUGUUAGUAUCAAGUCAUCAAUGUGAAAAUUUUCCGUUAACCUAGUUCA